UAGGAGGGGAUACCACCAGCAAAUAUUAGUUUAUUUACUGCAGUGACGUGGAAUUGUUCUCACUUGUUGCGUUAUUCGAUGUAAAUUAGGUACCUAUAACACUAUUUAUAAAUUCAAUUCGUUUAAAAACUGAGCUUCCAAACCCUUUAUCAAGUAAUUCAGCGUAACGAUAGCACGUUAUCAACAACCCAGCUCUGUAAGUACUGUCAAGUACCAUUCAAUUACACGUACCUAAUUGAUAACACUUCACAGCACACUUAUAGCACUAACCAAUGGAAGUCUGCAUCGAUAACAUCCAAUCAGCCAUAAACGCUGCAGCAUCCGGAGCUUCACGUAUCGAACUAUGUACAGCUCUCAGCGAAGGAGGCCUAACUCCCAGCGUGGGUUUUUUGAAAAUAGUCAAACAACUAGUCCACAUACCCAUAUUUGUAAUGCUACGACCACGACGAGGCAAUUUCGUGUACACCAAAGAUGAACUAGACAUUUUGAAACAAGAUGCCAUCGAAUUAAAGAACGCCGGAGCUGACGGAGUCGUCUUUGGCAUCCUCAAAGAAGACGGUACCAUAGACGAACAAUCGUGUCAAGACAUCCUAAACAUCACUCGUCCUUUACCAGCUACUUUCCAUAGAGCUUUCGACGUACUACGAGACCCUACAAGCAGUUUAGACGUUCUAAUUAACCUGGGUUUCAGUCGAGUCUUGACGAGUGGUCAAAAACCACGUGCUGAAGAUGGUCUAGACCUAAUCAGGCAACUGGUGGAGUUAUCUCAGGGUAGGAUAAUCAUCAUGCCAGGCUCCGGAGUCAAUGAAAAUAAUAUAGGACGGAUUAUGGAAACAGGAGUACGGGAAGUUCACGCUUCUGCCAGAUCCACAGUUCGAUUGAACUUCCAAAGUGACACUGAAGUAGCGAUGGGAAGCUCCGAUGAUAAUGAAUUACUAGUAACCGAUGUAAAAAUUGUACGAACUAUUGUAUCAGUUGUAAAUAAAUUUGUUAAUUGAUCA